ACUCACUUGCAAGCAGCAUGGUCCUAUUGGAUUACUACAGUUACAAUGAAGAGUGCAGACUGACGUGCGGCAACACGGUAAGCAAAUGAAGCCUACAUACAUUGCAGAGAUGAAAGUUUGGGUACUAGCUGUAAACUGCUGUUUCUUCCCGGUACUGCAUACCGCUGUGUACCGGCUUACUGUCACCCGUGCUUAUACUGCUUGGAUGACAGGGGUAAGAGUGGCUCUAUUACAGAAAUUAAGUUGAACUUUGACACAGUUUUAACAGCAGUUUAACCACAAUCAUACUGGUGAGGCAUAUGAGCUCUUAAACAGUGUAAAAGACGACACUUUGAUUGAUAAAUUAAACUUGCUACAUAACUUAUUCCAAGAGGAGAGAUCAUAAUCAAAAGAAAACGCAGCUUGAUAAUUCUGUUAAGUGAACCAUGUUGACUCUUUGAUGCAUGCUUAUCUUAUCAGCACACCAAAACAGCCAUCUCUGUCUGCUGUAAAUGAUCGUCUGUAUUAUCAUUAAUAUCAAGCUGUCUCCUCACUUGUCUCUUCCUGACUUUGAUAUUUAUCAAGCCAUCUCUCACGCUGAUGGAAGCCCAUUAGCUGCAGACAGUUUCAGGCUGACAUGUUGAUUUAAUUGGAUUCAGCUUACGAUAUAAAUAUGUGUCCUUGACCCACGCGCCCGCCUUGUCGCGGUUAGAGAUACUUACUAAUAGGAUGUUCAGUUAGGGCAGAGGAAUAAUGAAACAGACAGGCAUGUAUUGAUAUCAUUAGAGUGAAUCUAUCAAAUGUAGUUGUGGUUUUCCUGAGAAAGUUUCACAUUUACUUGCUUUUGGUGGAAUGAUUAAAAAACCUUUGAUAACAGCUUGCCAAGCAAAAGCAGCAGGUGGCUGAUAAAAAACAAGGUCUGAUAAUUGACUGAUUUAUUUUAACAACACAUGGUGAAGAAACACAUGAGUAAAGUGUACUUUUGUAUUUUCACUGCAUCAAACGAUCCCUUGGAGACUGAGUCAAAUUUGUUGCUUGGGUCGCAUUAACCGCUUAUGAUGGAGGAUAUGCUAGAUUUCAGACUUACUUAUAAAAAUGCCAUUUUAGAAUAAAGCUACAACAUCAAAACAAUCAGGGACUUUUAUUGUAAAGUUUGUCAGAAAUGAAAUGUGUUUAUCAAAGAAUGAACUGAGCUUUAGUAAAGCUGUGAAUUAGUGAAGUUAUGGAAUAAGUGUUGCUACUUUCACCACACGUAACAGCCUCAGCCCACGUCUUUUUGGACUCAAGACAACUGAGUGAUUAUUUGAGAUACACUCAGCAGCAGCGCUGUUAUUUGCUGACAUCAAACUUGGAAAGAGAAGCACUGGCUUUUCUGAUUGCUGUGCCCUGAUGUAUUUUCAUCGUAAACACUGACACCUGCUCUUACAUGAGGAGGAGGAGGAGGAGGAGGCUGGGCUCUUUGAUGAGUGUGCUGACUACAUUUAGCUGCAGCUCUGCUCUGACCAGGAUCUGUUCCAGUUGUUGUUGGUCACAAAUUGUUGUGUUGGUCACAAAUCCUCCAUCGCACUACUUUUUUUACCCAACAUCAUGGCUGUUUCGAUGUUGGAGGAAGUAAAUCUAUGUCAUGUGAAGAUUGAAUUCAUAGUAUAUGUGUAUAUUAAACAAAAUUUGUGUUUAAGCCAAUGAUGACAGUAUUACAAAAUCUAUGUUGUGGCAGACAGCAGCAGUACUGAAACUGGUACACCACCCACCACUACAGUUUGAGUGCUAUUUUGGUUCUCUAUUUUUGUGCAUUUUCAGCUAAUUUCACUGGAACAGAAAGGGCUUAAAUAGAAAAUAUAUAUUUGUGAUUAGCUGAGAUAACUCUCCUGGGUUUGGAGAAAGCCCCUUAUAUUCUGCUGCAUCUGACCCUAACCUCACAAAAUCCCCAAUUUGUCCACUCCAUUAAAAAAAAGUCUGGCUCUGCCUCUGGUGAUAGCUCAUAAUUUUAUGUAACUACAAAUCAAUCCAACGUAAUAAAAGUUCUCACAGUGACUUUAAAUAACUUACAUAAAGAGAUAAAGAGAAUAGCUGUUUGGUUAGUCUUGUAGUUAAGGUCUGUGGCCUACUUUUCUCUGUCUCUGUAUUUUUAAAGUAAGAGGCUAAUGCAGGAAUUAAAUCCAGUGAACAGCUUUGUUUGGUCCAUGACAGUGAACAGGAUGUGCAAAUUUGUCACAGAGGAGAACAAGGACUUGUGAAGUGAUGAGACUACCAAAUGUUACUCUUGGAUUUUCUGCCUCUGAGAUGUGUUGACAGGAUUUUAACAAGAAAAACUUAAAGGUCUAUUUCUUAAAGUUUUACAUGUUUUAUAUUUCCUCAAAAGGCAAUUUUUCAACCUGCAGCUUCCCCUCUACCCAGUAUAUGGAUUUCAGGUCUGGCUGCAUUUGGAUGCAACAAAUGCCAGGAUAUGAUUCAUUCUUACUGUACCUUGUCUAACAAAGUGGAAUCAGUAAUUCAGUGAUGGUAUGAAUGAGAUGGCCCUCCUCUUUUUUACAGAAAUAGGAACAACCUUCACUGUUAGCCUCUUCUUUUCUGUUCCAAGCCAUGAACAGCAGGCAGUGUUGUUAUCCUCAGGCUGCAGCACCCCACAUAUAUCCACAUCAAUACUCCUCCCCUCUACCUUUGAUGUCCUAUAAAUAGCUAAGCCCCUCGUUCUGAUCACAAUAAACCUUGGCUUGAAGAUUUCCCCUGUAUACUUUAUUUUUGACUCCACGCUGACUUAAAAAGAAAUGAGACUGCUCUUUUCUCUCGGCAGUGUACAGAAGAUAGUGGAUAUCCCAUCGCCUCACACAAAAACACUGUGAUGAUACAAUCACAGCGCAGUGAACGAGGUGAGGAGAAAAAGGCCAGUAGGUCACAUGUGGUUCAGUUGGCUCUCAACCACGUCUAGUUGUGCCAUAUUCCCCUCAUGCAAAAACAACAACAGGGAGAGGUAACCUCUUUCAUCAGAUCAGCAUCCUGACAUUAAACCAUCGACGAUACAAAUGUCACUGUAAACAGCGUCUGAGCCUAUCUGUCUGAUGUUGACCUCAGCCCCUCUUACAUAAGGGACCCAUAUAUUCAGCAUCCUAUUUCCCCUGAGGCUGAUACCCAUGCCUGAGCUGGAUGCAGGCCAAUUUCCAAAUUGUCUGAAAUGCAUUAACAGAGUCUCGUUCACCAGAUUUUACUGCAUAUGUUUUAUACAGUGUAGGUGGCAGGCAUUGGCACUGCUUGGUCUGAAUAUAUACAGUUGCAUAUCGAAUGACUAGCUUGUAUGUGCAUCAGCUGAAUCAAGGGGAAGAUUGGGCGAAAAAGAUCAUUUAACAAAGGAGAGUGGAGGUGUAAAUAUGGUGUUACCUUGACCCUGUCUGUCACUCAUCUGUACUCUUUGAUCAAAUCGCGAUGAUGUGUGAAUUUGGUGCACAAUGAGGCUGAGCAGGCAGAGUGUGUAAAGAAGUACAAGAAAGUAUUCAACGAUUUGGUUACUUAUCUGUAGUUUUAUUUAUACUGGUGGAAAAGUUAACUUUAAAUAAUGACAUUGAAAAAAGCUGUAAAUCUAUUUCCCCCAGAAAUAGGGAAAGAGGAAGCACAAUAGACUGGAUCUUUUACGUAGAUGAUUCUCUGUUGUUUUCACUCUCCUGCCUGUCUUGUGCGGCCUUGGGUUCGAGUCGAGCAUUUGGUUCUGUUCUUCCAACUGUGGGCCGUUAAGCCCAGCUGCCUCCCAUCACUUUGCUGCACUGUUUGCUUGUCUUGUCAAACAUUCUCUCCUCCUGCUCUCCACUCUGGAGUUCUGAUAUCCUCUCCUGUUUCCACCAAACUGCAGAUGGUUGAUUGAGUCGGUUGCUGGCUCAGUCUGAUUGUCCACAGCAGCUGGCAGAGGAGGUGUUAGAGAAAGUAUCACUGUAGACGGAAUAAACAAGGAAACACAGCAUGCAGCGCUGCAGAGCAAAAACCUCUUUCUUUAUUUAGAUUGGACACAUUGAAGCAUUCGCAUCAAAUAUGCACACAUUUGAUGCAGUGUGAAAACAAAACAACUGGUAAUAGCACAUUGGAUAUUUGAAGAGCUGGCAUAAUGCUUUAUGAUGUUUAUUUUAUACAUUAUAAAUAGUUCCUGCUUUAUAACUGGUUAGAUUGAUCAAAACUGAAAUGCACAGCUGGCCAGCAAAAGGGAAUCAGUGUUAAUUACAUAUUACAUAUUAAAAUGAUGCAGGCUAAUGUUAAUGUUUUAGUGACAGAUGUAUGGAGGCACAAAACAAGAGAACUAACCAACAAAGUCAUAAAACAAUGUCCUCCUUUUUUUUUUCAAGGGAUGUUUAUGAUUAGUCGACUGAAUGAUUAAACCUCUUUAUUCUCAAUAUAUUUAUCACAUAAUUGCUUGUCAGUUAAACAAAUUAAUAUUUUUAUUAUGGUUUGCCCAAAAUGCAGAUCAUAUGUUGUGUCUAAGCUGUGGUGAAGCCACCAGCCACCAUUUACGCUGUAGCUCAAGUUCAGUGCUACAGCCAUACAACAAUGCACUACCAAGAUGUGAUCAAAGAGGACAGACAGCGUGUCAUGUAGUAUGAUGGUAUUUUGAGCAAGAAAAUUGAGGAUAAGUUAGGCUGUCAGGUUUAAAAUGGAUGUUACAACUCAACUAGAGUAAUUCACGACCAGCACAGGCAUGUGAAAGUUAACUUGGAGGAAGGCCAAGUGAAGGUGGUGCUCGCUCUGCCAACAUUAGCAACACACUGCAAACCAGUCUGACAUUGUUAAUCUGCAUACUGUGCUCCUGUGUUUAGUCAGGUUCAUAAAGUGUUUUUAAUUAAGACUGUUUUUGUCAUGUUUUCUUACCUUUAGAUUGAUGGAUUCGUCAGGAUUUCAAUUCCAAUUUGCACAACUCUGAAAAAUAGUUACUCCGCUGGAUUUCACCCAUGAGCAUGAAUACUCAUUUUAAUCCCCUCAUUCCAUAAGAGAUGCUGACAUAAAUCAGGAAUAUAGAAGUGAUAUAAACAUUGAACAGAUAGGAUCAAUUAGGUACUAAGGGGUUCUAUUGCAGAGACUAUGAGUCUAAUUUUAAAUUACAAAACAAUAUUUGGACCUACCAUGGUCAUUUUGCCCAGUUCUUGUAUUUUUAAUCAAAUAAGAAAUAUGAAAGUUGCAGAGGAAAAAUACACAAGUAGCUAUUUUACUCUUGUUGUUUGUGCCAAACCGUCUAUUUGGUCUGUUGACUUUUGUGUUACUUCAUGUUGUCUUUUAGUGACUCACUAGACGACGAGUGACAAAGCUUCGUGUCCAUAUUGGUGUCCAUGUUUAUGUCUCAGUGCACUUGUGUGCAUAAUUAUGACUUUAUGUAUCCCUCUUAUAUCUAUUCUCCUUGAAUAAAACUGAUAGUAAAAACAUUCUUGUUAAUUAGCAUUCGAUGCCCUGAUUAACAACAUACAUAAUGCAAACUGUAUUUCUCCAUUAAAAUUCUGCACAGCUAAUCAGGACACAGUCUUUAAUGCAGUUUGCUGAGUUGUGGAUGCAUCGGAAAAUUCCCACAGAGGUCGAGUUAAGGGCUCCCCCCUGAGGACAUGUAUUUCAUAUACUAGUUUGUGAAGUUCACACAAACAUGAAGUCUGAAUAGAGAUGAGAAAUGUCUGCUGCUAACUGUAUGGCAAAAUCAAGCUUCUUGUAUACAAAAUGGAGAGGGAACUGUUAUCACUGUUUAUUGGUGUAUCAUUCAUUUGAUUGAUACUGACACUCAUUCAGGUGGCCUCCUGUUGAUAUACAAGAACAAGGUUCACAAAAAGUUGCUUCAGAACUAGCUACUGUGAAACAAAACAGCUUGCACCCUGCAGGACUCCAUCAUACAUUUUGGAUUCACCAGGGAGGUGACACUUCAAGCAGACUUGCUCUUCAUUAGACCUGAAGUUACAACGUGUCCCACCUUCUUUGUGAUUGCAGUCACGUGAGUUAUCACAUAAUCGAUCACAGACAUGUCAAAAUGAGUACUUAUCAACAAAACAACCCCCAAAAAAUAUGUGGUGAGACACAUUGUGUUAUCGUUACACUUGAAUGUAGCACAAGAUGAUAAAAUACAGUCUAUAAUAGUCCAUGUAAACUAAGUUCACCAGGGUAAGAACUUGACUUUCUUGAAUGCUGUUUAAGCCUCAGAGACGUUUGUCAAAGUGCCAGCACAGACAUGCGUGAAGAGUUAUUUUUUGAAGACGAGACACAAGAGGAAAUGUCAGAGAUGGACAGCAUACAGGUGUGAGUGUGGUGACUGUUAAGCAUGAAGAGCUAACUCAAAAAAGCUUCAGAGUACAUUUAGCUGGAAGAAUCUGAUGCCUGGUUAGUGGAGCCCACUUCGAUUUGCAAAUGUUGUCAAAUUAACAAAAAAGCUCUAACCUUGUUGUCCAUAGAUGUGUUUGCUGUCGUUUCAUGUGAGACAAAGGUUACCACAAUUCAGUGAAGCCGCAGUAAGACCCCUCUUUCCUCACUUGAAGCUGAAGAUGUAACCAUCUAGUUUGCCCACAAAGAACAGUGAUAACCAAAGCAAGCUUUUAAUGCUUUUCUCCACCAAAUAAAAUGUGGUUCAUGUGCCUUAAACAAGGAGGAGACGGUUCACAUAUUGCAUGAAAUCUUGUAAUUUCAGAACCAGCUUAAACACUUACUUUUGGAUUCCAUGUGGUACUCAUAGCACAAGUACAGGGGUGAAAGUAGGAUAAGGUUCUUGCAGGUACUGUACCCGUAGGCUUUGUACAAGAGGAGCACACCCAAGUUUAAUGAGGUGCUGACUCUAAAAUCACAGUAUCGUUAUCUGCUACAUCUCUCUUUCUCUUGAACAUAAAAUCUAAUUUUCUCUGCAUUUUGUUUUACUUCUGCAAUAAGAUUGAAGCAGCUGUUUCUUUAAAAGUUCCCUCCUUCCGCAAAAGGCAGGAUGUGGUCCCCAGUGCCUAGGUAACCAGCGUCCAAUCAAAAGUGCGCACUGAGAGGUUGCAAAUACGACUCACUCGCAAGCAGCAUGGUCGUAUUGGAUAACAACGGUUACAAUGCAGAGUGCAGAUUGAAGUGCGGCAACACGGUAAACAAAUGUAGCUUACAUUCAUUACAAGGGCAAAAGUGUGCGUACUGCUGCGUACCGAUUGUAAACUGCUAAUCAUGUCUUCCCGGUAUGGCGUACUGCUGCAUACCGGCUUAUUUUCACCCCUGCACAAGAAGGAAAAUCUUAUCACUUAUUCUAGAGAGGAAAUUAGAAAAAAAUGCAAAUUUAUCAUCAUCAAUAAUCAGGUUUGUGAAAUAAUAUUCUAGGGACAUUAGUUAAAUUUUAGACUCACAGGGUCAGCAUGAGAUGUUCUCACCAAAAGGACCAAGUUAAUAAGGUCAUUUUUAAUUUGAUUAAUCACCACUUCUCCUGGCCAUGCUCAAUAAUGCUGUAAUUGUUCCUCUCAGUUUUUUUCUAAUGAUCAUGAAAAAAGUCGACAGCCUUUGCGUUAGCCUGAAGAUGGAGUCUGGUGAUGUGAGUUGCUAGAGGUCAGAUGCAGUAACACGAACACCUUCUGUCCUCCCCCUCCCAGAUGCCAACACCUGCAUGCAUCACAUUAAAAAUACAACACACUCAAAGCUGUAAAACGAUUCACAAGCUGAUGCCUCAGGGUCAUGGUCCAGUCUACAUGUCUAGCUUAUGCCCUGCACUCAGUUGCAACCUUAAGUUUAUCCUUUUUUAUCCUCCUGUGUCAAAGCUUGUCGAAGUUUUUGACACUUCUAUAAAUUUAUAAAUUAUAAAAAGUGUUGGCCUGUGUGCAGGUUUGAACUUUUGUAUUUGUUGCUGGAGAAUUCAUUGUUUUAUAUCAGUUGAGUUUUACCUGCAUUAUGUCAAAGUUUGAAAUUCUGGUAUCAAAAUACCCCCACCCUUUGUUACUCCCUAUAAGUUUGGUCAUUUACAGGAUGUCAAGACAGCAGCGGCCUUACUCAGGUUGACACAGGUAGUGAAAGGACUUUUACUUGGAAUUAAAAUCAAAUUUUAAGCAAAACUUUAUUUCAAUAUUUAAAAUUUAGAUCAUAAACGUAACAGUUUUAAUAAUUUUAUCUAUCAAAAUAAAAUGUAGCUCAAAUACUGAGAAACAUUGUCUUGAAACUCUGAGUAUAACUUUGUUUGGAUUACUUCUUUACAUGCUGUGAUUUACAAACUUUCACUUUGCCAAGAAGAAAAUGAUUUUACUCCUUUUCGUAUUUUCCUUUUUUUACUAUGCGGUGAAGCAGUGAAUAUUAGUGGGCUAAAUAUUCUUCACAUUGUUCUGUAUUUACAGCAGUCAUUUGUAUAAUUUAUGAGAGUGUGUAACGUAAUCCCUUAGUAAUAGCCUGUGUGUAUUUGUGUUUGUGUGUGUACUACAUGAGUGUUUAUCAGCUUGUUCAAACCAGCACAUGUUUUGCUAAAAAGAGGCUUUUUCUAACCACCCCACUGGACUGUGGAAAUUAGCCACGGGCGGAAAGAUGCACGCAGAAUAACCAAUGAGCUAACAGAUUACUGCAGUUCAAGAUAUAUUUCAGCAUAAUAUGGAAAAAUAUGUCACUGAAAGAGGAUUCAUAUAGAUGAUGCUUUUGAUGUUAGUGACAGUGUAAAAUAUAUGAAAGCAAAGAGGGAGGGUACAAACCUUUUUCAGGGAGAGGCAGAAAAAUUAGGAAAUAGUGGCAGAGAAAAUCUUUAGGGUUCGGACUGCCAAGGCAAUAUGGUUGUUGUCGUCUCUACUUGUCUGUUUAUUAUUAAAGAGAGGAAAAGUUUGCCUUGUGCUCUGACUAGCUGAUAAGCAGUCUGGCAAAAGUCACCAAGAAAAGAGUAAACUAUCAAAGAUUUAAAAAUAUAUAAAAUGAGAUUACUAAACAUGUCUACGACUUGGUCCAGAAAGUGGUGUCACUAUUUGUAUGCACUCUAAAAGUGUACCAUACCAUUAAAGGUGGGGUAGGCAGGAUCUGAGGAAGUGCCAGUUUUUGGGAGAAAUCUUGAAUGUAAACACUACCCCUCCCAACCAGUUUUCCCCUCAGCUCCUCCUCUCCCCUCCCUCUCUGCUCCAGCAAGCCCCACCCACAAACAGAUGCUCCUGCUCGCUCUUAUCAUUUCAAUUAAAUUCAGACAUAAUGCAGGUAAAUACUUCAGAUAAUUACAAAUGGGGCCCAGUCAACAUGAAAGUAAAAUUGUUGCUACUGUAGAUGCCAACAGACUACCAGCAAACACAGUGUUUGCAGGACUUCUACAACUAGGAUAAAGGGACAUACAAACAGUUUAGCGGCGCUACAACAUGCAGCAGGUCCCGUUUGACAAGAAACACUUCUGUUACAGACACUUGUCUUACUUUGUUCAAGCGGUUUACCUGUCCAACAUAAAGGUUACAGGGUCCGUAAGAUCCCAAAGCGUCCCCCAUCAUUGUUGACCCGGCUAUUUAGCUCUUGUCCUGGUGGUCUACCUCCUUCUUAAGCGCCCGUUAUUCCGCCAGAGUCUCUGGCAUUUACUUAAUUUUCUUGCUUGUGUUGGCAGCCAUGGCUUAAGGAGAUUUUAGACAAUUUUCCGUACUUUCUGGUUGGUUUCUACUGUCCAAUAUUGUAGCACGCUAACUUUGUUUGGGCUCGUGAACGACACAGGGGAGCAGCGUCUGCCUCACAACCAAUCAGGUUGGGGGAGGCGGAGAAUGGCUUUGUUUACAGUCAGAAAGAGCGGGCCGCUCAAAAAAUUUAAAAUGUUGACUACACAGACAUAAGAGAACACAGCGAUAUCGUUAUAUUACCAAAUGUCAUCAAUAACUAAUAGCUAUUGACUGAUAUUAAAAGCUUUUUUCAUACACCACAAAAUAAGAUGCUUCUUUAACAGAUUCUUGCCUACCCCACCUUUAAUUUCUUUAAUAACUUGUCCAUUUUGAUCAUAUUCAGACUAGAGUAUUGCAUGGAUAUAGGGGGUGUCCAAGGUGUAGCUGUUUGCCAGCAAACUUUCAACCUACCUCCCUUGUACUUCUUUACCUGUGCCUCCUAAAGUUAGGUCGAGUCAGCAUUUUCUGCACCCCCAUCCACCUCCACAAUAUUACUGAUAAAUAAAACACUGAAAUCCACCAGCAUUAAAACAGAAAAAACACUCACCUGGGGAAACCAGAACAACAUAUAUUGCACAAGCUCUGAAUAAAACAGAUAAAUGAGAAAGAUAGAUCAUGGUGCUAUUGGACCAGCCAUAGAAACAUUAUUUAAACAUUUAAUGCCUGAAAAAUUCAAGUUAAAGUCUAACCAGCACCCGUGAAAUCACAAACAGGAAUGCAGAAGUAUAGAUGAAGGUUUAUGACACACAUUUGGUGAUGCAGAGAAAACCUUUAGGUCUUAGAUGAAAAGGUUGGUUACUGUUUGAAAGCAAUGAAAAGUGCUUUUUAUAGUGUUUAAGGUUUAUAUGAAAGGAGGCCAAAGUGAUUCACACAGACCUUGUGUUUCUGUGUGAGUCAUGUUGGGCUGCAGAUAGAAAACACAUCACCUGGACUGCAGCCAUGAGAGCUUGAGAAACAACCUGUGUGUAGACCACAAAGAGCCCUCCUAUCCAUCCUGUUUACUGCUGCUCAGUGAACUGCUUCCCCGAACCAGUGGGAACAUCCCUGACAAACUAAACAGCCCUCAUUCUGGUUUAUCUCUUCAUCCCCUUUCUUUGGGGUUGCAGAUUUUGCAUCCACUAAUUGCCCAAACGGUACAGAGUACAUGCUUUUGGUACACGCAGUCCCAGAGGAACAAAUACGGAUACUCAGAAGUACAUCCGCAUGCAAUCACAUGCUUUUGCCCUCGCAGCUGUUCUCCUAAACUUUGUAAACUGCACUAAGAUCACCCAGUGCUCCGGCUGAAAUCCUGCUUAAGCCGACUUAUUGACCUCAGUGUCAACAGAAAUUUCAUCCCAGAAUAGCUUCUCUGUUUUUGUUUUUACUUGUUUCCGCUUUGCUUUUUCUCUCUUCUUGUUGUCCCGUUAUUUCCUUUCUGCUCUCUCUCUCUCUCUCUCUCUCUCUCUCUCUCUCUCUCCCUCCUUCCCUCUCCUCUCUUAUUUCUAAUAUGGAGAAAACUGUGAUCUCCUCUAACCUUGGGGGGCCUUCACUGGGAUUAGAUGCUUGAACUGUCAGGUCAAGAAGAAUACUGGGUGUUGGAGGUGGAGGGUUGGCAGGCAGGGAACCACCUCAAGGGUACUGAUCCCUGAGCUGAUGGGAAAAUGAAAAUAAUUACUUUGGGGUUUGUGAUUUAUGCUGUCAGGAGGCUUCUAGCUGUGCCUUUUCGCUGCUUUGCUGUCUGAUUCAGUUCACAGUUUUCCCCGGCCUGAGUCUGCAGGUGUUAGUGCGAGGAAAUGAGGAAGAGCUUUGCCCCCUGGGGUAAAAAAAGAAGAAGAAAAUCAGAGACAGCUUUAAAACGUUAAGUCCUUAUGCCCUGUCUCUGGAAUUACCACAAACCUUUACAUGGUCCAUUUUGAAUUAAAAAAGCAGAGUAAAGAGAUGCUGAGCCACCAUGAGAUCACUUUUCUGUUGCAGUUUGCAGCACAGUAGAUGUACUUUUUCAUCCCAAGUUGUAAUUCUUCAUUUGUUUCAGAUGCUUCUCAGCUGCCUCUUUAGUCUGAGCCUAAUAAGGCGUUAAUGUCUAGUGGUUUGUUUCUAUUAAAAGUCUUUUUGCUUUGUUAUUUCAACAAGUCUGCGGUUUCUGUUUCACUCCCAAAUUAAUUUUUGGUCCAAUGAUCCAUUUCUGUUCUGUCGCCUUACAAAUACCCACACAUCCUCUGCAGUCUGUUUCUAUUAGUAUCAUGAUUAAAAUGCUAAAGUGUCCAUGUAAAGAAAAACGAGAGAGUGAAAAAAAAGAGACGAAAACAUUUCUUAUCUGUUGUAAGUUUUUUGUGAGAAGUUUUUCAAUGAUUGCAUUGAAAUGAACACCUCUAACUCAGCAGCUUCUGUUUGUUUGAAGUUUUUAAGCAGAUAUAUAUUAUCAUAAAACCCAGUAAUUCAUAAGCCUGGUGGGAGGAAGUGUGAUUAAAAAGAUGCAGUCUAAUAAAUCACAGAAGAUUUCAUACACUCUCUCUUAGUAUUGAUUUUCACAUUAAACAGGAGAUUGCUUGUGGUCCACUGCUGGUCCAGAGGGGGAAAUUAAUCAGGUAUUCACUGCUACAUUUUUAAGUUCUACAACUUUUUAUGUCUGUGCUUUUACUGGCCACAGUCAAUGUAGUCCUUUUGCAGAAGUGUAGGGAGUUGUUUUCAAAUAGUGAUAUAACCAUUCUUGAUAUUAAGUCACACUAGAUUCAUCCUUCAAACUGGCUCAAACUGGAAAAACAGAAACAGAAUACUUCUUUAUCUCUUUGCAGACUGAUUUAGAGACAGUGUCAGGAGUUUACGGAUAUGUGCGGUUAGUCGACUAAACAGCAAAAAGAUGUCCAUCAACAUUAUUGGUUGGUUAAACAAAUUAUUAUUAAUAUUUGUAUGACUGUAGACCGUAAAUUUCAGUUUUUUGUUGUGUCCAAGCUGCAGUGCAGCCAUCCACCAUUAGCGGGAGCUAUUGUCGUAAAUGCACAACACAUUUUAGCAGAAUUUAGGUCCAGAAAAAUGGAGAUUAAGUUGUGUGAAUGCUGUCUUUUUAAAUUGGUACAGGCCUGUGUUUAUUAACCUGCAUGGAGGACUGAAGGCCCUCUGGUUUAGCUGCGUCAAAUACAUUGCACCAUUAUUUACUAUUCUCUGAGUGUUGUCUUACAGUUACACUUGGAUGGUCAGUUGUAAUCUAAUAUCAACUCUGAAAUGAGUUCCAUCAGGACUUUCCUAGUUUUAAACCUGGCCUCUGUAUGACCAUACAACAAAAGCAACCAUCAGACUGACUGGAUUUUCCAUGCCUGCUACCCCUGCUUCAGGUGUCAGUCCAAGUGAUUUUUAGCUGGCAAAAAUUAAGAUGGCUUUGACCAAAGAAAAGAGCAGCAAAGAGGCAAGACAUACAGGCUGUCUAAAUUGACCUUGUGGUUCCAUAGUAGCUUUAACACAACUCAAGCAAAUUUUAAUUAUAUUUCCCAAAUUAAGGCACUUUGAAGCAGUGACUUUUUAGGUUAAAAUGUCAUUUUGCAUAAUUUCAUCCAUAGGAAGCAGGAAUAAUGAGAAGUGAACAGGUGAUAAUGCAAAUUAGUGUUCCCACAGUGUGAGUAAGACCGCUAACAAACAGAAGAAUCUCAAUCACCCUCAUUCUGAUUUGCAUAACCACCCUUUCAUCGUACAUUAUCCUUUACUUUACUUUAUCCUAUCCUUUACAAACAGGUUGAUAAAAACUCUGAUUUAAAGAUGAGUUGAUUGAUCGAAGGCUGAUUUAGUUAAACUGUUAGAAUAUGGUAUAAUGCCAGCUGACAACACGCUGCCUCAUCUUGGUUUGUAAACUAAAGAGAACGUUUGUGUGUCUUCCUGAUGACGCUGAGCAUGUAAGCCAAAUAAGACGAUAAGAUAAGCUUUUUUUUCCCCCUCUCUUACAGUUAUGAAUCUUUAUAGAUGAGAAAGUAAGUCACAGUGAUGUACUUGGACUAAAGGCCUGGCAACCAUUUGGCUUCCUAUGAUGGGCCCAUAACACACUGGAGAGCUUGACACAGUUUCUCCUUGAGAAGAGCAUCCAAAUCCCCCUGAAGGGUUAUGGAUAUUUUGCUAAUGACAAAGACCUCUGAACUGAUUUGCUUAGCCUGCCGUUCUUGUAACCCUGCCCUGAAAAAAUGUAAAGAUGAGUGGACAGAUACGAUAUUCUGAUUUCUCUCAGACUUGGCUCAGCACCCUCCAUUCCUCUGCCGGUGUGUAUUUCAUUUUUUUUCCCUUCUUAUAGGGACUUCCUCAGUCGGUAAGAAAAGCUUCAGUGAAUUGUCAUAUCUAAUUUUUUCUACAAUCUUUCUCUCUCCUAAAAAGGUUGGUGUUUACUCUGAUUGUUUGCAAGGGCAUCUGAGAUCAAUCAGUCAGAACAGCCUCUCGUAUUAGGAAUUACAUUUCCACAACUUGACGGCAGCUUAAAAAACCUCAUGAGGAGCACAAAUACACACACACACACACACACACACAAACACACACAAACAAAUACACACCUCAAGGUCUCCUUCAUGUUUGAGUGACCACAGAAAUUAUGUGCUGAUGACACCUAAACAGAUUGUGUAAUUACUUUUGCUCUGGUGGCCCUGGCCUGUAACAGCGAGCACACAAGUCCUGGUGCAGGUUAUUUAUACACAACUUUAGUGUUUGUGUGCGUUGCAGCUGACAUUUACGAUGGUGUGCGAGUGUAAGUGUAAUGUCAGCAUCCAGAACAUUAGGAGAGGUGAGGCCUGACAGGUUUAAAGAUGCAAGGAUGAUUAGAGUCUGAAAAGAAAGACCAAAUCAGUGAGUCAGUGACCUCCUCCCCCCUCCUGUGUUCAGUCUAAUUUGGUCCAUCGAAAGCCUACAGACAAAGGUCAUCCUUGUUUUCUCUGAGGACUUCACUCCCUUUACAGCUUUGAAUAGAUGUGAAUCAUCAUUGCCCGCUAAAGAAUAUCACUCGUAGAACUGACUAGGUGGCAGGUUUGGUCCGUGAAUGCACCAUCAGGGAGGUGUUGGACAGCAUGGAGACAGGUGGUCUGAACUCCUCUUGGCGUGUUUAAAUAACUUUUCUAAUUUGCUCCUAUGUUGCUUCUUUGGGCACAUGCUGCCUUCAGGCCCCUCAGGAAACAAGUGCUCUAUGCCUUUUCUUACCUGCAGAGAAGAAGAGAAGAGAGGAAAGCUUAAUGAAAAGGUCACCAUGAAGUCAUUUUCUAUUUAAAUGUUAUAAAGGUAGGAAUUUUUACAUAAGAGGUCAGGCACUUUAAUUAGUCUUCAACUGUGGUUACAGAGCAGAUUAAUAAGCACUCUACCGGCUUAGACAUUUCACCAUUUCACUGCUGCUGACUAGACCAACAGGACUUAAAAGGGGCUUAUAAACCUCAGAGACUGUUUCCUCAUAUGUACACUCACCGGCCACUUUAUUAGGUACAAUUGUUCAAUUGAGAACACAAAUAGGUAAUCAGCUAAUCACAUUAGCAACUCUGCAUUGUGGCAUGUAGACGUGGUCAAAACAACUUGCUGAAGUUCAAUCAGAGCAUCAGCGGUUGUUGGUAUUUCAGGAAACUUAUGAUCUACUGGGAGUUUUAUGCACAACCAUCUCCGGGGUUUACGAAGAAUGGUCAAAAAAAAAAGAAAAAAUAUCCAGUGUGGAGGAAAAUGCCUUGUUGAUGUUAGCAGUCAGAGGAGAAUGAGCAGACAAGUUGGAGAUUAUAGAAAGGCAAAAGUAAGUCAAAUAACCACUCAUUACAACCAAGGUUAGUCAGAAUAUCAUCAGUCAAACCUCGAAGCAGAUGAGCUGAGGUCUCAGUUCACACAGACUCACCAAAACUGGGCAAAAGACGAUUAUAUGAACAUAACCUGGUCUAAUGAGUUUUGAUUUCAGCUGUGACAUUCAGAUGGUAGGGUCAGAAUUUGGUGUAAACAACAUGUAAGUAUGGAUCCAUCCUGACUUGUAUCAACAGUUAAAGCUGGUGGUGGUGGUCUUGUGGUGUAAGGGGUACCUGGGUAUUGCUGCUGACCAUGUCCAUCCCUUUAUGACUACAUUGAACCCAUCUUCUGAUGGCUAUCCAAGCAGGAUAAUGAUCCAUGUCACAAAGCUCAAAUCAUCUUAAACUGGAUUCAUGAACAUGACAGUGAGUUCACUGUUGUCUCGUGACCUCCACAGACAUCAGAUCUCAAUCCAAUAGAGCACCUUUGGGAUGUAGUUGAACAGGAGACAAAUCUGCAACACCUGCAUGAUGCUCUCAUGUAAAUGUGGACAAAAAUCUCUGAGAAAGAAUUAACACAUAAGGGGGUCGACCUGAUACUAGCAAGGUGUACCUUUUCACUGUUUUUGUUUUGAUAUUUUGAACCUUUCUUUUUUAGAUUACUUACAUGUACAUGUACGGUUUCAGUUAUAUGUGGUGUCAAAGUCAGCAUAAUGUGUAAAUACAAAAUGCUGUGGUCUUUUCAGAAUAAGCAGGUGGUGACACAGUCUUAUCGGAAGAGAGAAAUGAGAGGAAAGAGAACAACAUCAAGCAGAUAAGAAACUUAUCUUUGAUACAAAUAAACAACCUCUGGAUUUUCAUCAACACGUGUAAUAAGGGUACAUUUACUAUCCUCUUCAAACAGGUUUCAUGCAGUCCAAUCUGAGGUGCAUACUGCCACCUAAUGUGCAUGCUUGUUUGGUGGAGUUAUUUAGAUAUUUUCACAUUUCAAUACAACACUGAUUGAGUACAUUUAAAGCACAAUUUCUACUGUCAAAUACGUGUUUAGGUAACGUGCUGCUCAUGUCAGAUAUUGUGGGGUAAAGUAGACUGGGGGGAAGAGAUAUUUCCUGAACUAUUUUGUGUCCAUGUUGGAAAUGCAUAAUCAUAAAAUAGAUGAACAGCAUUUAUGCAGCAUUAUAAAUACUUACUGAAUAAAAUAUGUCCUAAACCUUUGCUGAAGUAUUUGUAAGUUUGCCCUGUUAGUGUAAUCUAAAAAAAAAAAAUCCCAACCUCUGUACAGAAAAACAUCUAAAAAAAAACAAGAUCACAGACUAUUUGUUGUGUGUUUUUUUCAAACAGUGAACAGUAAAAUAUUUUAGAGAAUGAAAAAGUGCUUUAUUCUUAUUACUUUAUCAGGUUUUUUCUUCAGUCGCAGAUGACUCCUCUUGUCUUUGUCUCGAAAAAUGAACGUCUUACUUUUGCUUUAUGAAACAAAGGUGCAAAGUCUCAAAUUAAAAGGCUCUUUACAAAGUUACAUAAAAAGGUAAACAGUUCUUCUGUUUUCACUUAAAUUUCCAGUCAAGGUCUUGUGUCCACAGGAUUAUGACAUUAGCAUAGUAUGUUGAAGUGAAUGUUGCCGCCAUUAUCUCCUUCACUAGUUCCUUUUCUACAGUUUAGAAGUUGAACUGUGUUAGAGGUAGAUACAGAGUGCUGAGUCAUUAGAGACUCAUUCUCUAAAGUUAAAUUUUUCUUAAUUCCUCAGUGUUCACCUUGAGUUAUAACUUGCGUUUGUUAUAAACACUAUUUGCAUAUCCAUGGCUUCAGGAUUUGACAGCGGAGAAAAGGAGAACAGAAUCUCAAAUGAAGAAUGAAAACAUUUCUUGAGGGUACCUGUAACCUUUACACGUCAAUCCGCAGUAUAGUUUUAUGGCUUACAGCUCCCAGGUGUAUCUUAAAUAUCACCUGAUUUUUUUAAGGGACCUUGAAAGUUUUUGUUGGCAAAGAAUGAACAAGUUUUACCUUUGUGCUGUUCCUCCCCUCCCUUCUCACAGCAGUGUUCCAGUCACAGCCUCAAACUGUCUGUGGUAUUAAGUCCCUCGGGGAAGGAUUAGUCAGGUGAGGAUUUACCACAACAGGUAUCAGAGUUAUUCCGUGCAUCAAAUCGUGCAAAGCACAAAGCAUGCUGGCCUACUGUGAGAUUUUCCUAGCAGUUCAUUGAGCGGAGGAGCACACGCCCACCAUCAAUGUUAGUCUCUACAAAUGUCAAAAACUUAAGGAGACCUUUACGGUGUCCUCACACCAUCUGUGUGGCCUCUGGCAUAACAACCAGACCAGAACUGUUAGGACAUAUUUACCAAUGGUUUUAUAUUCAAGUCCUUACCGGACAGUGAUGUACGCCCUUUCUGUUGAGACAAGUGUCGGAGAUGCUUUUUUUUUCAGAUCAGAAGUGAAUUUUCCAGUUCAGAUGAACCUUAAAGAUGGCAUUUUCACUGAGAUAUGAGACUUUUUCAAUCUUUUUGUCUUCUGAAUAUAAAAGUCCACACUUAAGAAAAGUUCUUUGUAGAGCUUCAGUGGAGGAUUACUGUUAAAAACUGAACUUUAAUCUAAACCGAUAAGACUGUUAUUUAAGAUAGGUAAACACCUGAACUAAAGCAUGAGUUUGAAUGGAUCAUCUAAGCUGGACUUUUGAGUUUUUUAUGACAGUUUAUUCACACAGCCCAUUUGACUGAAAACUGGAAAACUUCACAUUUAUUAAACAGUUAACAGCACUGCAGAACAUGUUUCAGUAUGAAUGAUAAUGAAUACAGUAAUUAUGAAUGCAUUUUUGUAAGUUUUAUUUACUUUUUUUUCCUUUGUAUUCCUUUUCUAAAACAUUGCGGUGAUUAUCCUUUUGUUUCCACAUUAAUAAGUAUGUGCUACACAAAUGUAGCUGAUUGAUAUUGUUGUUAAAGUACUGUAGAGUCGAUGAAUGUAACUGUGAAUUAAAGUUCAUUAACUGAUGAUACAUAUAAGGUGAGCAACAGGGAUUGAUAAUACAUACUACAUUAAUUCAUGGCUUUCAACAGCAUUAUUUAUGUUAUUGUACUCUAGUUGUGAAGAUUUGGUCUGCUGAUGUUGUUUUUUUAAAAGAGAUAUCUGAUUUGCCGUCUCUUCAAACACAUAAGUGGAAUGAUUAGCAAGGUCCACUUAAAGAUUUCACAGGCAGCUCUUUUCUCCAAGCUGAAAUGCUCCUGACUUUAAAAACGUUAGGAUGUGAUAAUGUUGCAUCGGUCACUAAUAUGUUGCUUUAUUUUGUUGACAAGCCACUCCCAGAGGAUAUAGAAAAGGUGUAAGAUGCUUCACCCCUCAGCAAUAUAGCCUCUGAAAUCACCAUGUGCACUCAUGGCAUAUAAACAUGUAACGUGGAAAAAUCAAAUUCUUCUCUUGAUACAGACUAAAAGUUUCUCACAGGUGCUUUAAAAGGAAGAACACAUUAACCCUGAUUUGUAUGGUUAUUGUACGGCCGUGUCUACACUCUCUGCUUUCUCAGCCAGUGUGUUCACUUUGAACUUUCAUAAGGUAAUACAGAGACAUUCUCCUGCAGGAAGGUGACUUGACUUUUUUUUGUCUUUGUUGGUUUUUGAAAGGUGACUGAAAACAGGGAUUAAAGGAGGAUGGACUGCAGAGAGAUUAGACGACAAGUCACAUGAGACCUGAGUGGGAUUCAUACAGAAAGUGCAGAGGAUGGAUGGGUGAACAGGUAAAGAGACUGGACAGCACAGAUCAAAUAAGGCGGAAGAAAUAAGAGCAGUGCUAUGUCUAUAUAUUCUAUAAUUCAGGAAUACCCCCUGAGUAGUAAAUCAAUAAAUAAAGACAUUUGCAGACAUCAUGAUCACUUUCCACUGAUGUCUUAUCCACCUCCCUCUGUCUCCCAGGAGAGUGAGAAAACCUGGAAAAUAUGAGAUGUGGUUGGUGGGGUUUCCAAUGAAUCUUUAAUGCAUGAAGAUGUUUUUCCCGACAGUGACGUUUCAUCUGCACUCUAGUUCGAGUGAAGCGCAAUUAUUUUAUUUUCUCCCUGGGACCGAGGAGGUCUUAUACAUCUCUGUUUAUUAUCCACAUCAAAUUGAAGCUCAUUUUUCCGCCUUAUUUUCUGCACUGACUAAAUAACAGUCCACACACUUCAGCAGGAAAAGAUUUUCCUCAUCUUCCUCUGUUUGGAGAUGCUGUUGGUAAAAUGGACAGAGAUCCUCUUCGGUCUCAAGGGGAGCCGCUAAUUUUGGAGAGCAGCUCUCGAAAACAAAACAAACCGUCUCCACAUGAAAGGCCUCAUGAAUAUUUACAAAUGAUAAUCACAGUGGACUGUGAUUAUCAUUACACCUCUAUUCAUGCAUUAAAUGUAAAUCUUGUUUAAAUGAAAGGUAACUCUAACGCAUUUUCCUGUGGGUAAAUGAUCAUGAAAGUAUCUUGUGUAAUGAUCGCUAAAACCCACAUGGUAAGCAGCAUGUUCCAUCAUUUUUGUGCCACUUUUGGGUGAAAUGGUGAGGAAAUUACCCAAAGACAGGGCUGGAAGAGAAUAUUUUUGGACUCAGUUGAAUGUUAAAGGUUAGUAUGAAAAGUGUACAGAGAGAUAGAUGGUGCUUUUUCCUGCAUGUAUGUAUGCCUGUAUAGAAUACAAAGUAGAUUACACAGAGAGUUUCUUGGGUGUUAUGUAAGCUUUCAUGAAUCUCCUUUUCAGCUAAUGCAGACGUUACUGUGUAAUGAACAUCCUGUAUAGAAUCAGCCUUGGCUGCCAGCUCUGCUCUCUGUUGUUGUGAAAGCAAAGCUGGUAAAUAAUAGCUGCAUCUGCAUGUUCUCCUCCAAUCACAGCUUUUCUUUGCAUGAGUUCUGUAUUACAUGAACUUGACCUCCCCUCUUACAACCAACCACUGCUGCUGCUAUACCUGCCUGUAUAGAUUUUUUUGUGUGGGCCUUUUCUGACCUCUAGUGGACAAGAAUCUUUUAGUUUCAUUUUCUGUCAUAGAGAGUUUGACUUUAAUCUUGGCCUGGAGUCAAACAAGUGACCAAUAAGCUGAGGACUAUCGCUGUAAGAAACCCCCAGUUCUUAUAAUGAUUGACAUCUUAAUGAAUUAAUCAAUCAAAUCUUGAUUGGUGGCUCUAGGUGCAAAUGCAAAGACACAUUUCAGUAAAGGUGCAGCACAGUACUCUGUCAGCAAAGGAGUUAGGGUUACAGAGACAUCUUCAAUAAGCACCAUUAUUUUCAAGUUCUCAUUAUUCCAGUUCUCUUUAUCUGAAACCUGUUGUACUGUAAGGAGAAAUUACUGUUUAGAGUUGGGUUAGGGUUAUAAUUUUGAGCAACAAGUGUGACUCGUGAACAUUAUUGAUGUAACUAGUUACCAGUGUAUAUUUUGAGCCCCACCUAUUAACCAAUACGGUCCCUAAAUCCAUCUCAAUUAUGACUAGAUAAACUUGCAACCACUGGUUCACUCUUAAAAACUAAGAACGAUGCUACUUCACCAGUUAGGUUUUAUUCUAUUGACAGCUGGUGAACUUCUUAACUUUUUUAGGCGUGCUAUUGAACUCGUAAUGAGAAAAUGCCUCCACUAGUAUCACUGAUGGAGAUUUUGGUCUAGUUUGACCAGUUUACAUAUCAGAGGUUUUGCUGUCUACCAGUUUACGAGUAAAAAAAAACAUUUAACAAGUUAACUAGUCAAAGAUUUAACCAGGGAAGGGUUAUAACAAUAUCAAGGAUAUUAAAUAAAUGAUCAAAUGGCUUUCCACAUGUAACAGACUGUCAGCUCAAUCACAUCGCAGGUUUAGUUUUGUAUCAUCUUAUUCAUCUUAUCAUAUUCCCCAGUCAUCAGUAGACGUUUGAAUGUCAAAGUAAUUUCAGUGUUUUUGUCCAUGAAAGUUUAAAACCUCCAAAAGCUUCUUGUCGUGAGAUUUAUCUGACACUUUGAAGACCAUGAAUUAACUCUUGGUCUUAGUAUUCUGUACUUGAAAUUAAAAGUCUUGAUUUUCCUUUAACUGUCCAAAUUUUGACUAAUAUACCGCUGAGCAGGGCUCUGACGGCUGAGGAGAAAGAACAAGAUCAAAUGGACAGUGAGUACAGACACAUGUGUUUGUCAACACACUCACCAGCCCUCACCUUUGCGUACUCUCGCUUGAAUUAUUUAUGACCAUGCUUAGGAACAUGAUCCACUAUCUGCACUGAACAGUCAAAGAAAACCACUGCUGACCUCGUCUGGCUCAGUCUGGUUAAACUGACCUUUGGAUGUGAUUGCGUUGUAGCUGUGCACAAAGUCAAACUUGUACAAGAUGUCAUGCACAAAAAUUUCCAGGAGUGCGCAAUGACUCCCGAAAGUGGGGUAAAAGUCAUCUAAAAUAAUGACAUUUUUAAUGCAUAUCUGGCCUUUUGACACAGUUACCUUUGUGAAAAGAUUUUUUUUCUUUAAGUGUGAUCACAUUGUUCUGCUCCUACUUGCUUUUGAAGUUAAAAACAUCUUGAAAAUCACAGAACACUGAAUCCACAUUUGGGUUUGGACUGUAUAAAGUUAGAUUGAUGACAUGAUGUAAUAUAAAAUGAAAUGAUACAUCAUCAAUACAAUUCAAAACUAAGUGGUAUCAUUAGAAUGUACUACAGUAUGGUACAACACAAAGAAAAUGAUGGGAUACAAACAGAAAUUGUUUUUAUAUAAUUAUCUAGUUUUUAUCAUUUAUUCUAAUUAUUUAUUUAUAUGAAGGUAGUUGUGUUUGUUACGAAAAAAAAUGAUGUGAAAACAAUUUGAAAAACAACUAAAACAAUAUCAGUCAGCUUGUGAAUAGAAAAGUCGAUCCCAGUUAAAAUAACAAAAACCUUGUAUGUUCUUUGUUUUUGCAUUAUGUGCAUAAUAAGAUAAGAACAAGAUGAACCAAAUACACUUUACUACAAACUGAGGGCAAAAUUACCAUUCUGCUCACUAUGUCAUUUUAAUUGUAGGUUAAUAAUUUAUUUUAAAAAGAAAUUCCCUUUAGUUUUCAUAUUUUUAUCUGUUUUUAUGUCACAGAAAGCCCCUCUGGUAGUUUUGUCCUCAUUUAGUACAAAGACUGUAGUAUUUACAAAUUUAAUAGAUAGAUGAUCUAUGUACAGAAGUACGUUUUUACAAUAAUCUCUUAAAAAAAUGUUGUGCAUGUUUUAAAGAACAACCACAAAAUGCUGGAACUGGUUUAGUUAACAAACAAUAAGUCACAGGACACAAACAGAGCCCUCAGGGUUAAAGUCUUGUGUUAGUUUGACCCUUUCACUCAAUCCUCCACCCAGUAUACAUCGCCUGACUUCUCCAAGGUUUUAAAGGUGGAGAUAGAAAAAACAUGUAAACAUACACAAACAUUUACAUAAUAGUUUUUUUUUACUACUAAACAAACUUCUCUCAGACUGACCAACAAUGAAAAAAAGGAUAUCCUUGCACUGCAGAUCACACUCAUCAAACUGAAUAAAGUGCUUUAAAACUCUUAACUAGUAAAAUGUUUAGUCUACCACAAGCCAGACAGUAUACUAUGGUGACUAUUAGUCACUUUCACAUCUGUGUUUUCAGUUAUUUAGUAUGAACAAAGGUCAACAAAGAACACAAUCUUGCAUCAUUCCUCACACAUGUUUUGAUUGGCUCACUUUAAUCGAAUGACCCAAAACUUUGCUCAGAAUAAAACCAAAUCCCUCCUUUGAUCUACCUUCAUGUUUUCUGACCAAACAUUAGCAGGAAAAGAGUAAUGACAAACCAAAACUCACAGCCAUGUGCAGAAACACUCUAAAGAUGGACGAGUAAAAACUUAAGUACUGAUACCAAAACACUUAAAGGGAACAAUUAUAUCUGCAGGACUCAGACUGCAAAUUACUCUCAAAGUCUCUCGUUGUAGAAUAAUGAUUCAACCUCCUUUUAAACUCCAAAAACUCAUAUUUGUUAAUAUGUGUACUACCAAUAUUUAGAGAUGAGUCUGAUGCCACUGAGAGAAGAACCAGUUUGACCGCCGUUAGUUUGUAUGUUUACUUGCUUCCUCCAAAUGUUUUUAUUUUUAAGAUUCCGGGGCGUCUUAAUAAAUGUAUUACCUCUUAAGCGAAAUGAUACAGCCACAGACUUGUAAUAAUUUUUUUAUAAUUGCAUGACUGACUUGUUAAGAACUGGCCCACAUAAAGACUUGAAUAAAUGCACUACUGUCAGAUUAAACAUUUGUACGCUUUUAUUAUUAAUAAUCAAAAAAUUUGGAACAAGAAAUAUUCAAGUUGAUUUUUCCACAAGCCAGUUCCUAAAAAAGUGCCAUAUUAUCUGUUCAUAACAGAACUAAUUUCACAGAUUUUACUAUAUUAUUAUUAUUAUGAGACUGUAUACCUGCCCCCCCUACAUCUUUGGAUGUUUGGCUGCUGGAGCCACACCCCCACACAUACACAGGAAAUGAUGAAAUCUCUCAGUAUCAGUGAAAAGGUGUCACAGGGCUUACACACUGUUAGAUUAUCUGAGUUAUUGAUAACAUUCAAGGAACUGAGACUGACACAUGUAGCCCUCGAGGCUUUAUUGUUAACUUAAGGUCGCAAAAGUGUGUUUUCCAUUAAUUGUGAAUAUCUUGUAUUUCUUGCAUGUAGAGAAUGAACUCUAGAUUAUCACUUAAGUCUGUCCCCUCAUCCAGUCUCUCUUGUGCUUGACCUAUUUUAAUUUGUCAUCCAAAUAAAACAGGUCAAUAACAUGAACAGUAGUGCUUAUUGUCAUUUUUUUAAGGAUCCAUGGCCGUGCCGAUAAAGCGAGCCUCCACUCUCCACCUUAACAGAGCGCAGGUUUCAGCUGCACUGGGAGACAAUGUUGCGCAAUAUUGCGCAUGCCACGAGACGUUUCCUGCUCGUCAGCACAACUGGAGUGAGGUGAACCGGGAGCUUCGCCGGAAAACCUAUCACCACCACUGCACAGUUCAACCCAAACCCUAAAAAGUGAGUGAGCUGCACUGACACGAACUUAUCUGAAGAAUCUCACACAGAGGAGUUUUAUCAGCGUGUGUUGUGCGUCCACUCUGUCAGGGGAAUUCACGCCGUAAACGCUCCUCUGCUCUGAUAGCGCACUCUUCUUUAACCCUAUUAGAUAGCGUUCACUCCCCCUUCUCUACCUCUCCUCUUAUUGGACGCAUCCUAAUGGCCCGUUUUCUACCUGACGGUCGUCUCCUCCACACGCUAUAAUAUUUAAAGAGCCCCCCACGCUGGGGGCAGCCAGCACUCUGCCAGAGGGAAUAACUACAUCCCCACUCUCAUAAUUAAGACAUUAAUUGCUAAAGUACAUGUGCAUACUAGAAUAAUUUUGCAACAAGCUUAAAUUAACUACUCGUCACCAUGGAGAAAGGUAUGACCAAAGAGACACGGGGUGAUUUGUUUAGGGGGCUGCUUUCAUGAGUUUUUUUUCUCAAAAACGUGUUGGAGCGUGGUGCAUGGUGGACUUUGUGAAAGCUGCCACAUGUUGUUUUGUUCAGACUGUUCACUCAGCCGGUGGAGGUAAUCCUGCUGUGAAAGCUGGCCUGGAAUUUGUUAGAGGUUUGACUGAGUUGUCAGCUGUCAAAUGAUUCCCGUUUGUCUGCCGGCAUGUUAACCUGCAGGCUCCCUUGUACUCUAUGUACAACAGGUAAUGAAUGGACUUUCAAGGUAUUCACUUUACUUAGGUUGUCAUUAUCGGUGCUGGUGGAGUAUGUAGUGCCUCAUGUGCUGGCCUUAGCUAAGCCUGGUUUGUUGGAUGGUUGUUCAUGUUUUGACCCACAAAAAGAGGUAAGUUCAAGGGGUGAAAAGCUCAUCUUUGAUUUUAUGUUUCUUUUGUUGUGGCUGCUUUACAAAUUGAUUUCAUACUGCUUGUAUCAUAAACUGCAUGUAUUGCAUCAUACACUGAAAAUUACUGCAGUAUUGAGUCUUGCUCUUCACACCAAUGACUUUACUGUUUCUAGAAAGUUUCUUGAAAAUGAGGCACCUGCUAUGAAGGUUUCAGAAGGUUGUUUUAUUACCCAAACCUGUGCAGUUACCGUGUUAUGCUAAUAAUCUUGCUUUUGGCAAAGCAAGUAAAACUUGUUGUGUCACUUAAGUAGGAAACACCACUAGCCCUGUUGUUAAAGUUUGAAAAAUGACAGAUAUAGUGUUCGUGAAAUAUGAACUGCUGAAUGAGUUGUAGUUAAAUCUACUCUGCCGGAGCUUUGAAUGUGUCACAGAGUGUUGUUAUAAGAUUUCUGCAGCACUCAUUUCUGACUAAUGGUUAAACUUUGAGACAGACUUGUUUGAGCUGGUGGUUUGAAGUUUGAACAUUGUUAGCUGUAACAGUGUGUGAGAGCAUCACAUGUUAAUUGGAUGACUGCAUCUCAGUUGAAAUUUUGUUUUUUGUUGAAUUUUUGACCAGUUGUAGAUAAAUUACUAUUCUGAAAUAGAUGUAGAAAAAGUAUAACAUUUCUACAUAUUCCAGCAAAAAGUGUCACAGGCAUAUUGUCUUUUGUUUUCGGUUGUUUCCAAAUAAAAGAAAAUUAUAUAUAUAUAUAUAUAUACUAUAUAUAUAUACAUACAUACAUACAUACAUACAUACAUACAUACAUACAUACAUAUAUAUAUAUAUAUGUUUAUGAUCACAGUCUGCUAAAAGAGCUUCAUCUCACUUGAGUAUGAUUGCUCAGUUUAGCAGAUCAUACAUAUAUUCUUCAGUAGUAGUUGUCCUUUUCAAGCUGGCCCAAGCAUUUCCAUUGUGAGUUCAAUUUACCCAGAAAGUAAAGUUCAUUUAAGAAAGUUACACGCAAAGUAUUCAUCCAUUAUCAAGCCACUGUAACAAUAAUUGUGUAUUUAAUGUUAAUGUUGCCAUUUAACAGCCCGUAACAACAUGACAGAGUUUUGGAAGGAGCACUCAAAGGGCGCCACAGUUGAGGAGAUGAUGCUGGACUCUCGUGCCAAAGAACUGACCCAGCAUGAGCUUCCUGAGAUCCUCGCCAUGCUACCAAGCCUGGAAGGAUGCAAAGUGCUGGAGCUGGGAGCUGGCAUUGGGUGAGCAUCUACAUAGAUGUUUAUGUAGACAUUGUUUUAAAACGACAUACAUGUGUUCAAAGUUUCAAUCAUGUUUCAGACGUGGCAGUACCAGAAAUACCAUGUUCUCAGGUGUGGAGUAAGCUGUGCUCAUAACAAAAAGAAAAAUUCAUAUGAAGUUGUGUUGUAUGUGCAGCAGCCACCAGUGAAGAAUCUGGCAGAGUGAAAGAGUUUUAGCAGAAGAUAAUACAUGAUGUGUCUGUGAAUCUUAUCUAGGGCUUAGGUAGAGCCAUUUGAUGUCCCUCCAUAUUAUGUUUGUCUUGAAAUCUAGGAAAAAAGACCCUUAUUCUCCUUUUCAACUCAGGUAUUGGGGAGUGGAUGGGAAGAUUUUAGCAGCAUUGAAAGUGGCACUUUUUAAAAGUUUCACUGAUGUGUGUUGACAGUCGGUAUACCAGCCACCUGCUGACCAGGGCUGCUCAUGUGACAGCUGUGGACUUCAUGGACAGCUUUGUGGAGAGGAACAGGCAGGACAAUGGUCACCAUAGCAAUGCUACCUUUAUGCAAGCUGACGUCACAAAGAUGGAUGUCCCCAAAAACAGGUGUGUGUAAAGAUUACUAACUAAGUACAACAAACUCAUUAACUGUGUCAUUAAUAUUCUUGUUCAAGGCAAAAAAAAUUCAAUCAAAAUCUCAACAAAGUUAUUCAUUAGCUAAAUUGGUUGGCUCGGUCUGCUGUGUCCCUCCUCAGUUUUGACUUCAUCUUUUCCAACUGGCUGCUGAUGUAUCUGACUGAUGAGGAGCUGAAUGCCUUCAUAAAGAAAACACUAGGCUGGCUGCGGCCUGGGGGCUUUCUCUUCUUCAGAGAGUCCUGCAACCACCGGUCAGGUAGAGAGCGAAUAUUUAACUAAUCAUUAAAUUAAUAAAACAUAAAGAAAAUGAAAUGAUACUCUCAUUAAAACAUGCCCCUGAGCAAAAUCAAAUAGACAUCAAAUGGUUGUUGAUGGUUGGCUUGAUGGAUGGAUAGAUUGCUGAAAGAUGAAACAUUGGUUAGAUGGUUGAGUUUGACGGAUAGUAAGUUGGGAGUGGGUUGGUUAGUUGAUGUAGUGGAUGUUUGAUAGAUUAGAUGGUUUGAUAGGUAAAGGAAUGGAUGUUAAAUUAGUUGUUUGUUAUAUUGAUCAAUUGUUGGAGGGUUCUGUUGACUGGUUGGUGGGUAGGUUGGUUGGAUUGACAGAUGGAUGGCUGAUGGGAUGAAUAGAUGCAGGAUUGGUUGGAAGAGGAGAUGAGGGUUGAUUUGAAUAAAAUAUGCAUGGUUUUUUGGAUAAAUAGACAGGUAGAUAGAAGGAUGGAGAAAUAGUUGAAUGAUAAGACAAAUAGUUGGUUAAAUUGGUGAAGAGAUGGAUGGAUGUUUGAUUAGUCAGCUGAUUUGAAAAUGGGUUUGUUAGUUGGUUCAGGAUGGAUGGAUGGAUGGAUGGAUGGAUGGAUAGAUAGAUAGAUAGAUAGAUAGAUAGAUGGAUGGAUGGAUGGAUGGAUGGAUGGAUGGAUGGAUGGAUGGAUGGAUGGAUAGAUAGAUAGAUAGAUAGAUAGAUAGAUAGAUAGAUAGAUAGAUAGAUAGAUAGAUAGAUAGAUAGAUAGCUGUUGGUUGGUUUGAAAGAGAGAUGGAUGGCUGAUGGGAUGGAUAGAUAAAUGUAUAGCUGGCUAGACAGUUGAAUGGUUUGAUGAAGAGGUGGAGAGUUUGUUGGUAUAAUAGAUAGAUUGUUUGAUGGAUGUGUGGAAAGAUAGGUUGAUGGAUAGAAGGAUGAAUACCUGGUUUAAUAAUUUGGAUGUUUUGAGGGACAGAAUAAUUGAAUGAAUAGUUUGGUUGGUUUUCAGAGUGAUUUUUGGAUGUCUCGUGAAAAGGUAAUUGUAUAAAAUAAUGGAUGAUUGUGAUCUAAAAACAAAUCUGUCAAAUCAUCAGAAGUUAAGAAGCCGCCAUUAUGACAAAGGUAUCUACUCAGAACACCUGUGGAUUUAAUGUGAGCCGUACUAAGAACUAACAAUUGUUCUAUUUUUACCAAUACUGUCUACGAAAUUUAACUUUUGAUGAUAAUAUAGUGGUUACAUUGUAAUAUGAUUCAUGGAGUUUCAUCUUCUCUAUCUUUGCCCAAGACACACCUUAACUUCAUAAAAAGUUCUCAUGUAUGUGGCAGGACAAUUAGAAUAGAUUGACCAAUGUGCAUGGAUGGAUUGAUGGAUGAGUAGUUGGUUGAUGGAGUGGAUUGAUCCGUGAAACGUAAAUUAUGGGUUAUUUCAGUUUUUAGAAAAUACACAAUAUUAUUUGAUUCUGAAUGUUCAUAACAGAAGCCAAAAUAAUUUUAAAAUAGAUAUGACAAAGAAGAAUUAAUAUAAACUUGUAUCUUCUCACAAAGGUGACUCCAAGAGAGACUUCAACCCCACCUGCUACCGCACUGAGGCACAAUACAGCCACCUCGUCUCAUCAAUACAAGUGGAGGACACAGAAGGGAAUGAAAAGUUCGGAUAUGACAUUGUGUUGAAAAAGAAAGUUCACGCAUAUAUUGAGGUAGAGCCAUCUAGCCCUGUGAACUGAGAGUUUGUCUGUAACCUGUUUGAUGAUGUGUGAACCCUCGCCUUUCAUCCCUCCACUCUCCUCACUUCUCCGUUGUUUGUUGUGUCUAUGUUUUCUUUCUUCUCCAGAUGAAAAACAAUCCAAAUCAGAUCUGCUGGCUGCUGGAAAAAGUCCCCCGCUCCUCCAGCACGCAGAACGGAUUUACCACUUUCCAGCAGUUCCUGGACAACCAGCAGUACACCAACAGGGGAAUUCUGCGCUAUGAGAAGAUGUUUGGGGCUGGUUAUGUCAGCACAGGUGGACCCAGCACUACCAAGGUACGAAUAAGAGAUUAAAAGAAAAAACAUAAAAUUCUUAAAGAACUUUAAAUGCUUAUCUUGGGAAAGGUACAAUAGUUCUAUAACAUCCAAAGUGAGAAGUUCAUGAAAUACAGUGAGAUUUACAUCAACGAUACUGGAUGGAUUCCAGUUAGUGUUGUCUGUCUAUGAGUGUUAAAAGAGGCUCAGGCUUGGAUGAACUAAAGAAAGAAAUGUUUUUGCUAACAGGAGUUUGUGGACAUGCUGAAUCUAAAGUCAGGGCAGAGGGUUCUGGAUGUUGGCUGUGGCAUUGGUGGAGGUGACUUCUACAUGGCAAAGGUAAGAGCCAAGAAUCUUGAAUGAUUAUGAAGCUUCUAAAAAUAAUGAGCUAUCAAAAUAGUUAUGAUCGUGAUUGUUUCAGACUUUUGGAGUGGAAGUCCUUGGCCUUGACCUCUCGGACAACAUGGUGAACAUUGCUAUGGACCGGGCAAUCGCAGAAAAGCUGCCAUCAGUAUGUUAAAAUGUUUCCCAGUCUUGUUUCUUUAAACUCCACAGAUAGUGGUGUGGGUAAAAGUUGUUGGUACAAGACAUUCAGUUACAGUGUACUCUCUUUUUCAGGUCCAGUUUGAGGUGGCUGAUGCAACCAAAAGGAUUUUUCCUGAAGGUUCUUUCGAUGUGGUCUACAGCAGAGACACGAUCCUACACAUAGACGAUAAACUGGCCCUUUUCAAACGCUUCCAUGUGAGCAGUUUCUCAUACUGAAUCAUUAACAAUACAUUAUAUUUUUUAUUGUACUGAUGUCCGUACCUGUUUUAACACACUCUCUCAAUCUUCUUGUUUUUUGUUUCCAGUCGUGGUUAAAGCCAGGCGGUAAGUUACUUAUCAGUGACUACUGCUGCGGGGAGAAGCCCUGGACGCCAGCGUUUGACGCCUACGUCAAACAGAGAGGCUACGUCCUCUAUACACCCUCACAGUAUGGCAAGGUAAACAAAUGGUCAAGACAACUUAUGUAAUCGUUUGUAGAGGGUCACACUGCCCUGUGGGGAGUACCCUCUGGUCCACUUGAUUAGUGUAUAUCAAGAAGAUUAUAAGCCAGUGCUGGUUCCCAGGUUCAUAGCAGUUUUUGUUGGUGCACUUAACACCAAAAUAAUUCUCAAUGAUUCGUUUGUUUUAUAAACAAAGUUUAUAACUCGUACUUUCUGGAUUUUAAUCCAGAUAUAUAUUUUGUUGAAUUUUGUGACCGUAAGUUCACUAAAUUGCUUAGAUUUCAUAGAAAUUAGAAACAGAUAUGUUUUAAAAACCUUACUUGGCCAACAAAAAGUGAUACUUGCAUGGUUCAGGCAGAGAGGACAAAGCUCAAAUAAGCAAAUGAUGCAACUUUGUGCCAGAUGUGUAACUACAGUUUAUCAGCAGGUGGUGCUGUUUCAGCUUUAUCUCUUUUUGUCUUCUCUCUGAUAGUUCAUUGAAGAAGCUGGCUUCUGCAAUGUUCAGGCAGAGGAUCGAACAGCCCAGUUUAUCCAGGUGAUCAAGACAGAGCUGGAGAGAGCGGAGGCCAUCAAGGAUGAAUUUAUUAAAGUAGGAGAACACACACACACACUUUGCCACUGCACUUUGUUGAACUUGUUACUUGAUAUUCAUUAUAAAUUAGCAUGCAUUAGCAUACAAUGAAGGUGUCAUUCGUUCACACAAAUAUAAACACAUAUCUAAUCAAGCCGUCCUUUUUGCCAACAGGAGUUCUCGGGAGAAGACUACCUUGCAAUAGUAAAUGGAUGGAGAGAAAAACUGGGGCGUUCCAACAGUGGAGACCAAAGAUGGGGGCUCUUUUAUGCAACAAGGGAUUGAGUGGCUGCAGUAUGAAUGAAGAAGAUGAUAACAGAAAAAAAGGAACAUCUUUCCUUAUUUUCUGAUUGUCUGUGCUUUUAUCCUUUGCACUUUAUUUAAAGUGAGUUCCCACCAUCAUGUCCAUGUGCCAACUAAGAAGUUGAAAAUACUCAACUAUUAUCACAGGAUUAAUACACUGAAAUAAUGUAAGAAAGUGCCAAAUCACACCAUAUACAUAAAUAAGUGUAGGUCACACCUCGUUUAUAUAGAGCAGCACUGAAAAAACAAUGUUGUGCUUUUGCUCCGACCUGCCUGUUUUAGGAGAUUUAAGGACAUAUUUCCACUAGUUUGAGCAUACCUGUGGUAUGCUGCAAAAGUUUACUCAAAUGUUAUCAUAUUUAUGUAGAUAGAAGUGUUGAAGAAGUGGGCCAGGUUUUGUUUUUCAGAUUCCUGUAACUAUCAACUCAUCAGUCAGCAGAGUCCAAAGUUUUGAGGGCUGUAACAAAAGCUGAGGUGAGCCUUUAGUCUCCUUUGACUCAUGUCAUCUGUGUAACAGCAACAGUUUAUUAAUUCAACAGCAGCAUGGUGUAAAAGAAGCAGUCCUCAUACAGAAUCUGGUUAUUUGAGAUUUUCAACCACUUGAAUUGAAAUAUUAAAUUUUGUCUGUUUGGAAAAGACAAUUAACCUGUUUUCAACAUGUUGUUUCCCUGACAAAUAAAAUAGUUUCAAAUCAAUAAAACAUCUCUUCACCUCAUGCAUGCGGGAUUUUAUCUUUUUUCCCCUAUAUUAUUGAAGGCUAAUGUUUGAUAAUGUUAGCAACCUAAAUAUAUCCCUGUUAAUAUUCCCAUACUAUUUUAUUACCCUUAUCACUUAGCAUUGCCACUUCUAGUAUUAACCAUUAACCUGUUAUUCCUGCCUGGGAUUUGAAUAGAUAAUGGUUUAUAAAUAGCAAGGCUACCAAGCUUUGCAACUUUCCCAGCUGAUGAAACACUGAAAGAAAUCAUAGGAUUUGAAGCUAUAUUGUGUAAUAUUUUGAGGUACAAUUUUGAUUUAGUGUAAUAAAACCAUAUUUUCUGUGGGAAUUGUGGAAUAUGAGAGAAAUAAAACAAA